ACAAAAUGCAAUUACUUUUUUCUCUUUUUCAAUACACUUAAAGUUUAUAAAGGCAUGUUUUCUAUAUUAGGGCUGGGUCGACCUCCUGUGCGAAUAGCAUUGGAAGGACGCACAAUUCUUGGUAGUGUACAAAGAUGUCCAACAAGACCAAUACAUAGAAGUUUCUACAUGUUAGGACAUCAACACCGUAUACCCCAACCAGUGGUAUCACGUCACAAUUCUUCCGUUGGAAUAUACCAUCGAAAUCUCAGUUUCCUCAAGAUGGCUGGACGUGUAGUUAAAAUUCCGGCAUAUGUUGGUGGAACAUUUGCCGCUGGUGGAAGCUAUGUUGCAUAUAAAGUAGAUCAGGCAUCUUCUUUUACCCAAGAUAAACUUUCUUCUAUUAAGGAUUUUGCCGAUGGAUUCUUUGAUAAAACUGGGGACUUCUUGAAAGGUAUGGGUGGUGGACUGCAAGAAGGCGGAAGUUCUAGUAGUGGAGGAGAAGGCGGGGGAAGUGGAGGUGGUGAUACCGCAACAGCAGUGGGGGCCACUGCUGCGGCUGUUGGAUUUACUACUGAUGAAGAAGAAGAUGGUGAAACAACUAAUGUAGAAGAUGAAGAUGACGAAGAAACAUUAAUUGAUGAAGAUGACGAUGAUGAUGACGAAACUGAAGACGAAACUGAUAAUGACAUGCUUAACCUUACGAGACAAAUGAUUGAGAUUCGUAACUUGCUUCUUACUGUGGAUCGUACUGACUCCUUGAGACUCCCUUCGAUCGUGGUCAUCGGUUCUCAAUCAAGUGGGAAAUCCUCUGUACUCGAGUCAAUAGUUGGACAAGAGUUUUUACCAAAGGGUUCCAAUAUGGUUACUAGAAGACCUAUUGAACUUACUUUGGUAAAUUCCCCAGAUUCUGCUGCUGAAGUUGCUGAAUUUCCUGCUUUGAAAUUAAAUAACCUUACUAAUUUCGAAGAAGUACAAAAGAUUUUAUUUGAUUUGAAUAUGGCAGUUCCUGAAACCGAAUGUAUAUCCAAUGAACCAAUUCAAAUUACAAUUAGAUCUCCCAGAGUACCAGAUUUAUCCUUAGUGGAUUUGCCAGGUUAUAUUCAAGUUGAAGCCGCUGACCAGCCAAUGGAAUUAAAGCAAAAAAUCAGACAAUUGUGUAAUCGUUAUUUGGAAGCCCCAAAUAUUAUUCUUGCCAUUUCAGCUGCUGAUGUUGAUUUAGCCAAUUCUGCUGCAUUGCGUGCAUCUAAAAUGGCUGAUCCUCGUGGUGAAAGAACCAUUGGAGUUGUUACCAAAUUAGACUUAGUUGGACCGGAAAGAGCUCGUGAUAUCCUCACCAAUAGAAAGUAUCCUUUAAAGAUGGGUUAUGUUGGUGUGAUCACUAAAGUUCCUAGUAAGGGUUCAGGUGGUGGUAGUGGGGGUGGAUUGUUCUCCAGAAAACAAUUGACUGGAUAUCAAGCAUUUGUUGCUCAACAAAAUUUUGAGUUAUCUUAUUUGAGAGAACAUAAACAAGAUUUUUUUGGGACUACCACUGGUACUCGUAACUUGAAGAAGAAAUUGAUGAAAGUUUUAGAAAAAUCAAUGGCUGCUUCCUUAAGACCUACUCAUUUUGCAAUUCAACAAGAGUUAGAAGAAGCUUCUUAUCAAUUUAAAGUUGAAUUCAAUGAUCGUCCACUUACUCCACAAAUGUACUUGGCCAACAAUAUUGAUAUGUUAAAGUUAGCUACUAAGGAACUUAGUCAUAAUUUCUCUAGAAAAGAAUUAAAAUCCUUGUUGAAAAAUGAGCUUGAUCAAAAGGUUUUGGAUUUAUUAGCUGAAAGAUAUUGGAAUAAACCUUUUUCUUUGAAAGUGCAAGAUUCAAAUAUCAAUGAACCAAAUUUGAAAGAAUUGUCACAAAUUAAAAAUAUUGAUGAUGAUAUUUAUUGGCAUAAAAAAUUGGAUCUUGCAUCAAACUCUUUAACAAAAUUAGGAGUCGGUAGAUUAUCUACUAGUCUUGUUACUAAUGCUCUUAUAACAGAAAUUGGAAACUUGGUAGAUACAACCCAACUUCGUAAUCAUCCAAUGGCAAGAGAAGCAGUUAGAGAUGCUGCCAAAUCUGUACUUGGUGCCAAAUUUUAUUCAACGGCAGAUCAAGUUGAAAAUUGUAUUAAACCUUAUAAGUAUGAAAUUGAAAUUGAAGAUCGUGAAUGGGCAACUAGCAAGGAUAAUGCUGUUCAAUUGUUAAGAGAAGAAAUGAGACAAUGUGAUGAAGUAUAUAACAGUUUAAAGAAACAAGUUGGUGGAAGAAAAUUACUGCAAGUUAUGACUUACUUGGAAAAAUUGAAUCAACAACAAAACGCUGAUAUUGACUUAAAUUCUAAUGAGGCAUUGGGAUUUUCGCAAAAUUUGAUUAAGAAAGGACAAGAUGCAAUUUUCUUAAAGGAUAGAUUAUCUUUAUUACAGAUGAGAUACCAAUUCAUUAAGGGAUCAAAGAAAUGUAAGAGUAAGGAAAACAAAUAUCAAUGUCCAGAAAUAUUCUUAGAUGCCGUUUCUACUAAAUUAACUUCAACGGCAAUUUUAUUUUUAAAUGUGGAAUUGUUGAGUGACUUUUAUUAUAAUUUCCCUAGAGAACUUGAUUCGAAAUUCUUUAACAAUCUAACUAAAGAAGAAAUUGAAAUUUUUGCAAAGGAAGAUCCAAAGAUCAAGAAGCACAUUGAAUUACAAGAACGGAAGGAUUUAUUGGAAUCGGCUUUAAAUAAGAUUGAAGGAGUAUUGGCCAUACAGAGAACAAAGGGGGGACAUGUUCAAUCCAAGGAGAAGCCAGAUUCUCUAUUUAGUUGGUAAUUAAGUGCGAGAUGGGAAUUUUAUAAUAUAUACAUAUAGGAAU